AUGCUCCGAUUAACAUUUUAUGAGGUACAAGUGGAAGCGGACGGUCGACGCCGCGGUCUUGGCCAGAGGAUGCUUCGAGUGCUCGAAAAGUUAGCAGCUGCUACGCGCAUGCGCUUUGUUAGACUGACUGCGCUUACGCAUAAUCCAUCCGCGUCGGCUUUCUUUAGAGCCUGCGGGUAUAGUUUGGACGACACUAGCCCUCCAAAGGAAGAAGCUAACCACUAUGAAAUUUUAAGCAAAUCCACGUGUUUGACCGACACAGAUUUAGAUAAAAACACUGAACUGGAUGAAGCGUAG